AUGGCCGUCACCGUUGUCAGUCGCAGUCACGAUCAAGCCAAGACGCCGUCGUACCGCUACGUGACCGAAGACGGCGUUGCUCAUAUCUUGGCCUAUCGCUAUAGCGGCAGCGACGCCUCGCUCCUGUACAAUUACGUGAUCUCUCCAUUGGCUCAGUGGCUCGUCAACCACGUGCUGUCACCUCGCCUCGCACCAAACGCCAUUACGAUUGGCGCGCUCUCGCUCGUCGUGUUGUCACACUUGAUUAUGCUCUGGUAUGCGCCCAAUAUGGAAGAAGAGGCGCCGCGGUGGGUGUACGCCACCGCAGGUGUAUCGCUGCUUUUGUACCAGAUUUUAGACGUUGCAGACGGGAAACAAGCUCGAAAAACCGGCAACUCUUCGCCACUCGGUCUCUUGUUCGAUCAUGGCUGUGAUGCACUGAAUGUGGUUAUUAGUGCGUGUACGUUUGCGUCUACGAUAAGGCUCGGAGCGACGUAUUGGUCUCUACUGCUUUUUCUUGCACCAGCCAUGGUGUUCUUCAUGGCGACGUGGGAGGAGUACUAUACCGGCACACUGGCGCUCCCGGUGAUCAAUGGACCUAACGAAGGCUUGCUGAUCAUGUACUCGAUCUACGUUGCCACGUCGAUCGUUGGAUCGACGGUAUGGACGCAGCCGAACGCUGUCUUUCCGCAGCUGAAUAACAAUCAGGUCUUCGUCUUGUUCACGGUCACCCUAGCGACUGUGCAGUGCAUUUUCAGCGCGGUCGUCGCUAUUCGAUCGAUGAAGCGCAAGGCAAAAGAUGGCGCUGCGGCGCUGGUUGGAAUGACGCCUUUUAUUGCGCUCGUCUUGCUGUCUGCGCUUUGGGUGCUCUGGUCUCCGUCUGAUGUCUUGUCGGACCAUCCACGUCUCCUUAUCUGGACGGUGGGGUUUGUUUUCGCAAAGAUGGUGAUGCACAUGAUGCUAUCACACAUGUGCGAAGAGCCGUACUGGUUGCUGCGCAAGACGUUUAUGGUCCAGCUCGUUGUUUCGUUCCUGUUGGUGGCUGGCAUCGUGCCUUGGGGCCACGAGAGCUCGGUGGUGCAGCUGUUCUUCACGAUCUCACUGUUGGCUUACGCGCACAUGAUCUACUUUCUCUCCACGGAGCUUGCCGCCAUCCUUGGUAUCCACAUCUUCAAGGUGAAGCAGUGGUAG